AUGGAGGCCGAGUCGAGAAAGCUGCUGCUCCUCGCGCCCGUCCUGCUCUGCUGCCUCGUGGCCAUAUCGGACGCGCAGUCGCAGCACAUCGGCGUCAACUACGGCGAGGUGGCGGACAACCUGCCGCCGCCGGACGCCACGGCGCGGCUGCUCAAGUCCACCGCCAUCACCAAGCUCCGCCUCUACGGCGUCGACGCGGGCCUCAUCCGCGCGCUGGCCGGCACCGGCGUCUCCCUCGUGCUCGGGGUGGCCAACGGCGACAUCCCCGCCAUCGCCGCCGACCCCAACGCCGCCGCCGGCUGGCUCGCCGCCAACGUGCUGCCCUUCGUCCCGGCCACGGCCGUCUCCGUCGUCGCCGUCGGCAACGAGGUGCUCGAGUCCGGGGACGCCGCGCUCGCCGCCGCGCUGCUCCCGGCCAUGCAGAACCUCCGCGCCGCCGCCGUCGCGGCCGGCGACGGGGCAGCUGCCAUCAAGUUCUCCACGGUCAACACCAUGGCCGUGCUCGCGCAGUCCGACCCGCCCUCCACCGGCGCGUUCCGCCCGGACGCCGCCGCCCAGCUGCAGGGGAUCCUGGGCUUCCUCAGCCGCACCGGCGCGCCCUUCAUGGUCAACCCCUACCCCUACUUCGCGUACCAGUCCGACCCGCGCCCCGACACGCUCGCAUUCUGCCUCUUCCGCCCCAACGCCGGCCGCCUCGACGCCGGGUCCAAGAUCACCUACACCAACAUGUUCGACGCGCAGGUCGACGCCGUCAAGUCCGCGCUCGGCCGCGCCGGCUACGGCGCCGUCGACAUCGUGGUCGCCGAGACCGGGUGGCCGACGAAAGGCGAUCCCACGGAGCAAGGCGCCACCGUGGACAACGCCAGGGCCUACGUCUCCAACCUCGUCGCCCACCUCAGGUCCGGCGCCGGCACGCCGCUCAUGCCGGGGAGGCCCGUCGACACCUACCUCUUCGCGCUCUACGACGAGGACCUCAAGCCCGGCCCCGCCUCCGAGCGGGCCUUCGGGCUCUACCACACCGAUCUCACCAUGGCCUACGACGCCGGCCUCACCUCCUCCUCGUCCGGUGGAGGUGGCGGCAGCACGGCCACCACGCCGACGCCAACGACUCCGACCCCGAGCAAGGGGUCAGGGGGAUGGUGCGUGGCGAGCGCGGGCGCGACGGACGCGCAGCUGCAGACGGACCUGGACUACGCGUGCUCGCAGGUGGGCGUGGACUGCGGCGCCAUCCAGCCCGGGGGCGCCUGCUUCCAGCCCAACACGGUGCGCGCCCACGCCGCCUACGCCAUGAACCAGCUCUACCAGGCCGCCGGCAGCCACCCGUGGAACUGCGACUUCCGGCAGUCCGCCACCCUCACAUCCACCAACCCCAGUCGAGCCAUCGAAUCGAAUGAACCAGACGCCGCCGCCGCCACAACUGACCUGACCUGGCCGCCCCGGCGACCCGCCUCCCGCCUCCACGUCUGCCCCGCCCCACGCCUCCCCUUGCCCCCCAGUACCCAUCACCAUCCUGACUCUCCCACGGCCGCGGCCUGCGUCGCCGCCUGA